AUCCUGCUGGAGGCCCCGCCAGACCUGCCCCCGAUAUGGCGGCGUGCGGCGCUUGGAUACCGGUGUACUGGGGUAGGAGACUCCGGGCUUCAGUGCUGCUCCUGCUUCCCACCCUGAUGGCCUUUAGCCGAGCGGAGGACAGCGUCAUGGAGGAGAUAGUGACGGAGAAACAGGCAGAGGCCAGCCACCGGCAGGACAGCGCCAACCUGGUGAUCUUCAUCCUCCUCCUCACCCUCACCAUCCUCACCAUCUGGCUCUUCAAACACCGCAGGUUCAGGUUCCUGCAUGAGACCGGCCUGGCCAUGAUCUACGGCCUCUUGGUCGGGGUGGUUUUGAGAUAUGGAAUCCAUGUUCCUGGUGACGUGAACAAUGUUACUAUGAGCUGUGAGCUGCAGACCAGCCCUGCCACCUUGUUAAUGAACAUCAGUGGAAAAUUCUAUGAGUAUUCCCUGAAGGGCGAAAUCAGUCCCCAAGAGCUCAACAAUGUUCAAGACAAUGAAAUGCUCAGGAAGGUUACCUUCGACCCAGAAGUAUUUUUCAAUAUUCUCCUUCCACCGAUCAUAUUUUACGCCGGGUACAGCUUGAAAAGAAGACAUUUCUUCAGGAACCUAGGCUCGAUCCUUGCGUAUGCGUUUCUUGGCACGGUAAUAUCUUGCUUAGUUAUAGGGGCUCUUAUUUAUGGCUGUGUGAAACUGAUGAAGGUGACGGGAACCCUUGAAGGGGAUUUCUUCUUCACAGACUGCUUAUUUUUUGGAGCCGUUAUAUCUGCUACCGAUCCAGUGACGGUCCUUGCCAUAUUCCAUGAACUCCAAGUGGACGUUGAACUCUAUGCCCUUCUCUUUGGGGAGAGCGUCCUGAAUGAUGCAGUUGCCAUAGUUCUGUCCUCGUCAAUUGUUGCUUACCAACCUGCGGGAGACAAUAGUCACACGUUUGACAUCACUGCCAUGUUUAAGUCUGUGGGCAUAUUCCUGGGGAUAUUCAGUGGGUCGUUUGCCAUGGGAGCAGCUACUGGAGUGGUCACUGCAUUGGUCACAAAGUUCACUAAACUGCGCGAGUUCCCGCUUCUGGAAACUGGUCUGUUCUUCUUGAUGUCCUGGAGCACAUUUCUACUAGCCGAAGCAUGUGGCUACACAGGUGUUGUUGCCGUCUUGUUCUGUGGAAUCACACAGGCUCAUUAUACCUACAACAACUUAUCUACAGAAUCACAGAUCCGCACAAAACAGCUGUUUGAGCUUUUGAAUUUUUUGGCAGAAAACUUCAUCUUCUCCUACAUGGGUCUGGCUUUAUUUACGUUCCAGAAUCAUGUCUUCAACCCUACGUUCAUCGUGGGGGCCUUUCUUGCCGUGUUCCUCGGCCGAGCGGCAAAUAUUUACCCUCUCUCCUUCUUGCUGAAUCUGGGCCGAAGAAACAAGAUCAGGCCGCACUUCCAGCACAUGAUGAUGUUUGCAGGGCUACGUGGAGCGAUGGCAUUUGCCUUGGCAAUUCGCGACACCGCCACGUACGCAAGACAAAUGAUGUUUACUACCACGCUUCUAAUCGUCUUCUUCACCGUGUGGGUGUUUGGUGGGGGAACAACCCCAAUGUUAUCUUGCUUGAAUAUCCGAGUGGGUGUGGAUGCAGACCAUGACCAGAUGGGGGUCCCCGAGAGUGAACGUAGGAGUACAAAAACUGAGAGUGCCUGGCUAUUUAGACUGUGGUACAACUUCGAUCACAAUUACCUGAAACCCCUCCUGACUCACAGCGGCCCCCCGCUUACCGCGACUCUUCCCAGCUGCUGCGGCCCGAUCGCCAGAUGCCUGACAAGUCCACAGGCUUACGAGAAUCAGGAACAAUUAAAAGAUGAUGAUUCUGACCUUAUCCUCAAUGACGGCGAUAUAAGUUUGACCUAUGGCGAUUCCACUGUAAGUACAGAUCAAACGGCGUCCAGUUCUUCAAGGAGAUGUAUAGGAAACGGAUCCGAGGAUGCGAUCGACCGGGAGCUGACGUGCGGAGAUCAUGAACUCAUCAUACGAGGCACACGUCUGGUCAUGGAGGAGUGCGAGCCCCCCAUAAACCUGCAAGUCACCAGGAAGCCAAGCCCCAUGUAGUGUGUUUAGUCUCCUCGGCACUCUUGCCUAUACGUGGUUGUGUAUUAUAAUCAUUCAGCUUUCCUGUACUCUCUGAUGCAUGGCUCCGGUUGUUUGAGCUGUACAAAAGCUGUUUAUAUGGCAUAGGAAGAUAUGUUCUCUUUGACUCCACAUGUGAAAAAGAUUUCUCUUGAGUUUUAUUUUUGUAAUUUGCGUUCUUUAGUU